AAAUAAAAAAUAAAAAGAAAGAAAAAAAAAUGGAUGCAUAAGAUUGUGAUGAAGAGUGAAUCACACGUGUCGGGCUUUUAUUGCUGGAGUUGGGAGUUCCUUACCGCCCUUCUUCUCUUCUCUGCCGCCACCGUCCGCCGUAACCACUAAUAAUUUGUUUUCAGUAAAGUAAAAAACAUAUCAUUAUUCUCUCUCUCUCUCUUCAGGGGAAAAAAAAACAUGAAGGCGGCGCCGCCUUUCCUGGUGAAGACGUACAUGUUGGUGGAGGAUCCGGUGACGAACAAUCUCGUCUCGUGGAACGACUGCGGCACUGCCUUCAUCGUGUGGCGGCCGGCCGAGUUCGCUCGGGAUCUCCUCCCCACACUCUUCAAGCACUGCAACUUCUCAAGCUUUGUCAGGCAGCUCAACACUUAUUUCGACUAUUUAGAGCUCCAUUUCGACUCGUUAAAAUUCGAACUCGUUAAUAUUGAUAAACGAGACGAGACGAACUCGAGCUCGAACUCGGCUAAGCUUGUGGGUUUUCGCAAGGUUGCGACGAGCCGGUGGGAAUUUAGCAAUGAAAUGUUCCGUAAGGGCGAAAGGAACCAACUCUGCAAUAUCCGACGAAGAAAAUCGUUCUCCAACAAGCCGAGGCCCAACACAAAAGCCCAAUCGACACACGAACCGAAAACCCAAUCAUCGGUGGAUAGGUCCACGUCAUCCACCUCAUCCUCGUCAGGAUUCACAACCCUAGCCGACGAGAACAAGAGACUGAAGCAAGAAAACGGAGUUUUGAGAAACGAGCUCGAGAUCAUGAAGAGGAAAUCUAAGGAACUAUUUGAUUUGGUAGCCAUUUAUAAUAUAGGGGAUAUUGAGAGAGAGGCACACAAGCAUAUGGUGAAUAGAGAGAAAAGAGAAGGGCCAAAGCUUUUUGGAGUAUCAUUAUUGGAAGUUGAGGCGAAGAUGGAGGAGAAUUAUAAAAUUGGCUGAGAUUAUACUGAGGGUGCUUGGGCCAUUUUGUCUGGUCUCCAGAAAUUCUAUGAUUUAACUUUAGUGAAUGUAAGAGAUAGGUUUAUGGGAAAAUUGGUUAAGGAAAUAAUUGGGGUAUAUAUAUAUAUUGCAUGGAUGAGCACAUGGGUUAUCCAUGUAUAGAUAUGUUUAGUUCAUAAAAAAUUGUACAUUUAUAAUUUCUACUAAUAAUUGAGGACAAUUUCCAUUAAAUACAAAUCUGCCC